AUGAAGAGAGCAACAACAACAUUAUUUAAUGUAGUACCAUCAUCUACAUCUAGAUUGUUUACAUCAAAUCAAUCAUUCAAUUUUAUAAAUCAUGGAGUGUUAUCAUCAUCAUCAUCUAGAACAUCCAUCAGAUCAUAUAGUAUGAUAAACAACAAUAACAAUAAUAGCAACAAUAAUAACACUCAGAGUAUAACUAUAGAUUUAAAUAUAAAUAGAUCUUCGAGUAGAUCAGUUAAUAGACUAUUGAAUAGUAAGAGUUGUAAAUCUAGUUCACUGGUUAUUCCAUGUCGUUUCAAUACAACCUCUACACCAUCGGCACCCAAAGAUCAAUCGAUCGAUGACAACGAUAGCAAUGCUAAUAGUUUACCUAUUCACACUGAAUCAUGGGUUGACAAAGCACCGGCACGUUUACAGCCAUAUUUAAGAUUGUCGAGACUGGAUAAACCGAUCGGUACUCUACUGCUGUUGUAUCCAUGUCUUUGGAGUACUGCAAUCGCUGCUACACCCGGCCAGCUACCCAACUUUACACUGAUGAUGAUGUUUGGUGCCGGUGCAUUCCUCAUGAGAUCGGCGGGUUGCGUCAUCAACGACAUGGUAGACUACAAAUUCGAUCGAAAGGUAGACCGAACCAAACUACGUCCUAUAGCAUCAAACCAAGUCACACACAAAGAAGCACUGGCAUUGCUAGCCGGACAACUUGCAAUAUCAUUUGGUUUACUUUUAAAUUUUAAUGUAUAUACUAUUUUAUUAUCAUUGGCAUCAGUUCCAAUUGUUAUUAUUUAUCCAUUCAUGAAAAGAUAUACUUAUUAUCCACAAUUUGUUUUGGGAUGUGCAUUUAAUUGGGGUGCUCUGGUUGGUUAUUCCGCUGUGCAAGGCUAUUGCGAUUGGAAGAUUUGCCUGCCGUUGUAUGUGGCCGGUAUCUCUUGGACGAUGGUCUACGAUACGAUCUAUGCGCAUAUGGACAAGAAAGACGAUCUGUCCAUCGGUGUAAAGUCAACGGCUUUGGCAUUUGGUGAGAAGAGUCGUUUGAUACUGACUGGUUUCUCGGUGGCGACUAUUGCCGCGCUCAACUUGGCCGGUUUGGCAGCGGGAUUGCCAACAGUCUACUUCGUUGGAACCACCAUCGGUGCUGCCCACCUCGCUUGGCAAAUUGGAAGUGUCGACUUUUCCAGUCCGAAAUCCUGUAUGAAAUUCUUUAUCUCCAACCGAACAUUUGCACUGAUCAUUCUGGUCACCAUCAUCUUGGCGCGACUUAUCGAGGACGACGAAUACACCACCGCAGAAUACGAAUUCGAACUCGGUCCCAUUAAACUUAAAUAUAGUAAUACAUUCAUACCUGCUAUUAAAGGUAAUGAUAAUAAUAAUAAUAAUAUUGUAAACAACAUUUGA